AUGGACGGACUGCGCGGCGACACCAGCGGCGGCGGCGGCGGCGGCGGCGCCCCCGGGCAGUGCCGUAAUUUUCUCUCCUCGCCCGUUUUCGGGGCGGCGCACACGGGCCGAGCGGCCGCCGCCGCCGCCGCCGCCGCCGCUGCCUCGGGGUUCGCUUACGGCGGCGGAGGGGAGCGGCCGGGGGCGGCGGCGCGGGCAGACCCCCCGGCCAAGGACUGCCCGGGCUCCGGCGCGCCGCCCGCCGCCCCCGCGCUCGGCUAUGGGUAUCACUUUGGCAAUGGAUACUAUAGCUGCAGGAUGUCCCACGGGGUUGGGAUCCAGCAGAACGCCCUGAAGUCUCCCCCCCAUGCCUCCAUUGGCGGCUUUCCCGUGGAAAAGUACAUGGACGUCUCCAGUCUGACCAGCACGAGUGUCCCCGCCAAUGAAGUCUCCUCCAGGGCGAAGGAAGUGUCCUUCUACCAGGGCUAUACAACCCCCUACCAGCACGUUCCUGGGUACAUAGACAUGGUCUCAACGUUUGGCUCUGGGGAACCGAGACACGAAACAUACAUAUCAAUGGAGGGCUAUCAGUCCUGGACUCUGGCUAAUGGCUGGAAUAGUCAGGUUUACUGUGCCAAAGAUCAGACACAGAGCUCACACUUUUGGAAAUCGUCCUUUCCAGGGGACGUUGCACUAAACCAGCCAGAUAUGUGUGUCUACCGGCGUGGGAGAAAGAAGCGAGUGCCGUACACAAAACUCCAGCUUAAAGAACUCGAGAAUGAAUAUGCCAUUAACAAGUUCAUUAACAAGGACAAGAGGCGAAGGAUAUCCGCAGCCACAAACCUGUCUGAGAGACAAGUUACCAUUUGGUUUCAGAACAGGAGGGUGAAGGAUAAGAAAAUAGUCUCCAAACUGAAAGACAACGUUUCUUGAUCUAUUAGUUGCGGACAGUGAUGGAUAUAUAAACUCAAUUUACGACCAGCUAAAGACUUUUGGAAAGACUUGAAAACAUAUUUAAUUUUUUUUUCUCCUUCCAGCGGUGGCGAA